AUGGCUGAGCUGCAGAGAUCUUCUCAAACAUUUAGGAGGUCUGGUUCAUCAGGUUUGGUCUGGGACCAGAACCAGAGGGGCCAUGGGGCAACUGGGGAUACAGGGGAGGACAGCUUAGAGGUCAAGGAGCUAAGGCACUCCCGUAGUGUUGGGUCCAUCGGAAUGCUGAAGCAGCGUAGGGGCGGUGAUGGCAAAGAGCGCAGCAGGUCCAACGAUGGCAACCAGGCCUUCCGUACUCGACAUGUCCCACCUGCUCUGGAUCCACCUUCACCCAAGGUGUCGCGCUGCAUGUUCUGUGGGAUUUUCAGGAAGGAAGAGCCCUCACAUACGUCCAAGCCCAAGCCCAGAAGGCUUGCUAAUGGUUACCUGUUCUAUCUGUUAUAUCGAGUACUUGAUACUCACUUCUGGCUGUAG